CGCAUUCCAUUAUUCCUUAUCCAAUGAGUUAACAGAAUUCGAGUAAGGGGUUUUACUAACAGUUUAUAUUGAACAAAUCUCUCUGCCCCAAUUCCUCACCAGCUCCCGACAAGCUUCAACAAUGGCGACUUCUUCUUCUUCCCCUGCCAAAUCCAACGAAGAUGGGUGCCCGGAUUCGUUUUCCGAUUUUGCAAGGUUCAAGAGAGGUCCCAUUAGAGGCACCGGCGAGUUGCAGACCGCCAUUGUCAGUUACCGGAAGCGGUCCCCUGAGUCUACUAUCCAGGUUGAUUUGGUUUCCGCCGUCCACAUUGCUGACAAAGAGUAUUACUCGGCCCUCCAGAAAGAGCUCGAGUCUUACGACUGUGUCCUCUAUGAACUGGUGACCAGUGGAGAAAGUUCAGAAGUAGUGAAGAGAGGAAACCCAGAAACUGCUGCAAGGCGGCGGCUGAAUUGGAGAACAAUGUACAGCUGUUUCGACCUUGUACUUGUAGAUUUCACUUUCCGUAUCAUGGCUCGAAUUCUCUCCCUCGAUCGCCAGGGGAAGUGUCUCGAUUACGAGGCGGAUAAUUGGUAUCAUGCUGAUCUUGAUUACAAGACAUUCAAACGACUUCAGCAUGAAAAGGGUGAAAGCAUUUUGACAUUUGCAAUACCCAAGUCGAAAGCUAAGCUGCUGAUCUGGGUGGGGUACCUUAUGCUUCCGGUAUCCGUCUGCAUCAUUGCCUUUCAUCUCUACAAUGGGAGGAGUCCAGUUUCGUACUUCUCUGAUCUAGCAGGUGCACUCUAUCGGCUCGAUUCCGAUGCUGCCAUCAAGGUCUCUCUUGCCAACCUGCUCACAUCUGAGUUCGUUCAGUUGACGCCUGACGUGGAAGAGAAGUCAGUGAUCAUCGGAGACAGGAACAGAGCAGCAAUUGAAGCACUGAAGAGAGCAAUGGAUGAAAAGGGUCAGAACAACAGCAGGAUCGCCAUCUUCUAUGGAGCUGCUCACAUGCGGGACAUAGGAAGGCGGCUGAAGGAGGAAUUCGAUCUGGUACCUGCCGGAGGCAAGUGGAUCACCGCCUGGUCGAUAGAGAAAGCUUCAGGGUGGACAUUGCACCGUUGCCUAACUCUGGCAUUGCUCCUCGUGCUCGCAUUGUUCUCGUCGUUCGUUUCAGAGGAUCUCCAGUUCUGGAAGAUCUUUCUCCGGUAUUCAGUCGAUUUCGUGUCCCGAAUUGCAGAUUAUGUUAGUCGAUGCCUGGUGUGA